GCCAUCGACGGAAGUAAGAGUAAGAAACCGGAAGUUUGAGAGAAGGAAGUGUCUGACACCGGUAGAUUGUUGACCGUAACCGAGAGGCAGGAGAGACGCAGGGGUGAAGCGGGACGCGUUCUUGAAAGCUUGAUAACAAGCGGCAAAUCGGUGGAGCCCCGUGAGAGCAGUUUCAGCUUCGCUGCCUGGAGGCCCUGAGUUAGGCGUCGGGUGACUAGCAUUCGCCGCCGCCACCACCCGUAAACAUUCGUGACUAGUCCCGUGUGAGCGCCCCGGACCCGCUGCUGGUGCGCACUCUCUGCUGUAGUUUGGGUUGUGUGGUUGAAGACUAUGGCGCAGGAGACAAACCAUAGUCAGGCACCUCUUCUUUGUUCUACUGGCUGUGGCUUUUAUGGGAAUCCCCGUACCAAUGGGCUUUGUUCUGUGUGCUACAAGGAACAUCUACAGAGGCAGAACAGCAGUGGUGGGAGGAACAGCCCCCCAGUUGUAUCAGUUGGAAGUGGGGUUGAAGUGUCCUCCACGCAGCAUGCAGUCAGUUCUCAGGCAGAUGAUGGUGCAGCAGAUACUGUGCUCCCCCAAAACACACAAGCCAGCUCAACAUCACUCUUGGAACCUGUCUCAUCUUCACAAGAUGAAAAUGCAGAGAGCAGAACUGCAGAAACAAGAGAGGCACCAGAUUGCACUGGCAGGUUCUCAGACAAGGGGUUCAGUUUUUCAAGCAUAGAAAAGGGGGAGUCUCAGCGCAGUGUUUUGGAAGAAGGCUCAAGAAGGGGAAAAAGGAAACAUAAUGAAACAGAUCUGACGUUAGACAGUGCUAAUGCUGCAGCAUCAGACAGUCCACAGAACACUGCUGAAGAACAAGAACGCUCUCCUGACAAAGCUAAGCUGAAGAAGAACCGUUGCUUUAUGUGUCGUAAGAAGAUUGGACUCACUGGGUUUGAAUGCCGAUGUGGGAAUGUAUUCUGCGGGACACAUCGCUAUUCUGACGUUCACAAUUGCUCAUUUGACUACAAAGCUGAUGCCGCUGAAAAGAUCAGGAAAGAAAACCCGGUUGUGGUUGGAGAAAAGAUCCAGAAAAUUUGAGUUCCCUGAGAAGGCUCGUGUCCCUGUGCUGUGGCAGAUGGGUUAUUUUGGGAUACAAUCUUUCAGCCCAUCUAGUUUGUUCUUUCUCCGGCACCAGGGACAUAGGCUUCCUUUUUUGUUUUAGUUUGAAUUUCUCCUUUCUUACUUCAGCUUUCCUGAAUCCUUAUGAUCGAAAAAAAAAAAAAAGGAUUAAAAAAAAAAACAACAAAACCCAGAUGGACUCGAGUAAAAUUUCUAAUAGCAUCUACAGUUUUUUCCCCAUCCUUUGAGGACACUUAGAUUUUUUUUUCUAUUUUUUUUUUUUUUUUUUUCAGAGGGAAGGAGGAUGUGACAGGAGUUUAUUACCCUCCCCGGAAUAGCUUUGUUUCCGGGUGUAAAUACACCUGCAUUCAAUCUCCUGGCUCCUUUACCCACUCUAUUUAUCCUGAAGUAAAUGGAUCAAUAUUUUAUUGGACCAAUUUAAUUAUGUAUGUUUGUGAGCUCUGGAGAAGUUCCCUUUUUCACGUGGGGCUAACUCUAGCAAGCUUUUGUUUUGCAACAUUAUGUGUGAUUGUGUGGAUGAUUAAAGAUUCUCUAACUAUUAAAA